CUGCCUUCUGGAUUCGCGAGUGAGAAGCGGCGCUGCCUAGCAAUUUACAGAGCGGAAGUGCUAGUGGUGCUUCCUUCAAGCUGGAGGAUGACUGUCAAAUGGGUUUUGCACUGGCAGCCCAACGCAGGAACUUUGGUGAAUAGCCAAAUUCUUAAUGAAAUUUCUCAGUGCGUUGAGAGCAUCAAUGGUGUCAAAGACGGAAGAUGGAAAGCGACUCUAACAUUCUAUCGACCCAAUUUACGAGACCCGUCGCUGCAGGCCGAAUUUCCGCGUGAUUUUCUGGGGAUAUCGCUUCUAGAGCAACCUCACAAAUACUACUUCAUAAUUCGCGGCCAGAGGAUCGUUCUUGAAGCAGAUUCUUCAAUUCUGACUAUAAUGGAGAAGCUGCAAUCGUACAAGUCCAAGGUGGCACUCAAUUUCGAGGGUGUGGUGUAUAAACUUGGUGACUUUCAGCUGAAAGUUGGAAAAGUUGCCACUAGUACUUCUGAAAGCCUGAGAGGAAUUGUGAUGGAGUUUGAGUAUCUCCCCAUUUCAUCCAUGGAGAAAUCUAGGCAGCUUAUGGAAGAAUUCCUUAACAUGUGGCGAGAAAUAGUGUCAAAAAAAUCAUUACCAGGUCAAUUCAUGCACGUGGAACCAAAUUACGCAGAAUAUGGUCUGUUGGAUAAAUAUACUUCGCAACAUACAGCUGUUCUGUAUGCUACUGCGUUCGCCCAACUCAUUGUACAACAACAAGCCGGGCAGCCUACGAGGAAUUAGGGAGACCGAAUGGGUUCUAUUUUCGCCUGUUACUUGACUGUCUGUUCUCUUCCCUCAAGUAAUGUUUGAAUCUAGGAGAAUCGAGAAGAAAAGAAAGAGAGGUUGGAUUUUACUCAAGGGAAGCGUCCAGAUUAAGCUUUCCUUCUCAAUUUUCUUGGACCCAAAAAGUUGAAUACCAUGCUGUCUAGCUUCUAUGUGAUUUUGUAUUAUUGCAUGCAGCCACCUGGAUCACCUUUGGUUUAGCUGGUGAAGUGGGAAAAAAAUUAGGCCUUGCUAAGAGAGGUGAGGGAGAAAGCAGCAAGGAUUAUCCAGAUGCUCUUCUGGUUGUGUUUGUUGCCAAAAGAAACAGAGCUGUUGCGUCCUUCAAAUUCCCCCCAGUGGGAAGAAUUGUGAUUCAAUGUCUUUUCAAGUAUAUAGUCAUCUAAAUCUAUAUGUCAUGCUACCUCCGUUGUUAAUUAUAUGACCUCAUUUAUAAUCUACAAACAAAGUCUUAUAAUUAGAACCAAAGGUAGUAUAUUGUGUUUUCCUCUUAUUGAUCAAACUGCUGCACGCGCAUCUCCUUAGUUUUUAUUAUUGAUUCUUGAAUCUUGAUUUGGUAAUGAUUAAAUUUAUAU